UGCUCGACAGCACGUGUACGUCAGGAAUUCCAACUACAUUUCCCAGGAUUCUCUGAAUUCACUGGCUUGUUUUGCUGUGAAAGCAGUGUGGAAGUCGACAGUGACUGCGCUGGGCUUUUGAACAACUCGUGUGUAACUGAAAACAACAACAUGCUUGCUCGGGCUUUUGGAAACGGCCUCUGUAACCGACUUUCGAGGGAAACGCGAACUGUCGGUCUGGUGGCAACGGGGCGGCAGGAUAGGCAAGCUUCCACAGAGGUGGUGCUCAAGAAGACCCCGCUGUAUGACUUCCACAGGGCUCAGGGUGGUAAGAUGGUGGAGUUUGCAGGAUGGAGUAUGUCUGUGCAAUACAAAGACAGUCACAUUAACACACACAUGCACACACGCCAGCACUGCUCCAUCUUCGACGUCAGUCACAUGCUGCAGACUAAAGUCCAUGGUAGAGACAGAGUGAAGUUCAUAGAGUCUCUGAUUGUUGGAGACAUUGCUGAACUAAAAGACAACCAGGGCACUCUCUCUCUCUUCACAAACACUAAAGGAGGAAUCAUGGAUGAUCUGAUAGUGACCAAGACAGAUCAGGGUUACCUGUAUGUUGUCUCCAAUGCUGGCUGUGCGGACAAAGACUCUGCUCAUAUGCAGGCCCGACUGCAGGAGUUUAAAGCAGCAGGUCAUGAUGUUGAUUUGGAGUUCAUGGAAGAAAGUCUUAUUGCUCUGCAGGGCCCAUCAAUGGCCCAGGUUCUGCAGAAAGGUGUGGGUGAUGACCUCAGAAAGCUGACCUUUAUGACCAGUGUUUUGACCCCAGUGUUUGGCAUUCAGGGCUGCAGGGUCACACGCUGCGGAUAUACAGGGGAGGAUGGAGUUGAGAUCUCAGUACCAAGUGAAGACGUUGUCUCACUGACUGAAAAGUUGUUAGCUGAUGGUGAGGUGAAACUCGCUGGUCUCGGAGCCAGAGACAGUCUCAGGCUGGAGGCGGGACUUUGUCUCUAUGGCAAUGACAUUGAUGAGACCACCACACCUGUGGAAGCAAGUCUUGUUUGGACUAUAGGUAAGCGUCGUCGACAGGCACAAGAUUUUCCCGGUGCUGACAUCAUUGUUCCACAAAUAAAGGCCAAGACUCUGAGAAAGAGAGUGGGACUGAUCUCCGCAGGACCACCUGUCAGACAGCACACACCAAUCCUGUCAUCUGACGGCAGGGUUAUAGGGGAGGUCACCAGUGGAUGCCCAUCUCCCUGCCUCAAACAAAAUGUUGCCAUGGGCUAUGUGGAAGCUGGCUUCAGUAAAGUGGGCACAUCAAUCCAGGUGGAAGUGAGGAAGAAAGCAGUGCAGGCAGUGGUCAGCAAGAUGCCAUUCGUGCCCACCAAGUACUACAUGGGCCAGUAGACCUACUGAUUAUAAAACCUUCUGUGUUUACGAGAGGGUCUGUUGAAGACCGGUCUGGUAGUAUUUAGCAGUGGAGGUCUCUGCUACUUGAUUGUCACUGGAAUGGAGACCAACAUUAGAGAUUACACAAAACCUGAGACAUACACCAGCAUUGAGCAAUUGAACAAAUGCAAACUUUAAAACACAAACAUAAUUUACUUCCAUUUGAAUGACAUUCCAGGACGUUCUGUAAUAAUUGCACAACAUUUUGGCCACUUCACUAGAAAUUCAAAUCAAAUUGAAUGUCAGAAUGUGGGAAAGGACCACUUGCUGUUUCUGUGUGUGUGUGUCUAACAUAGAGCACUUAAAAUGUUAGUUUGAGUGUGGGAAGUUGACGUCUGUUUUAAAGACUACUGACUCAGAUUCCUUUAAUAAGUUUGCCACACAUCUGGUUCAUUUUAUGCCAGUGUACUGUUUUAGUGUCAUAGCUUUAUGAUGUAAAAUUAUAAAAUAAUUAACAAAGCUAAUCUGAAUGAGAUAAAUUAUAUUAGAAAGAUGCCUAAUUGUUGAGUAGGUUGUCAUGGUGUAGUAUUAUUAAUGUCAUUAAAUUUAGAACACAUCACUGUGAAGUCUUUCGGUUUGAAAGAACAUUUCUAUUUUUGUUUUCUUUUGGAAUGUGGUAGAAUCAUUUAAUUUAUUCCAUAUAAUUUUCUAAACAUUUUAUUUUUGGUUGAUUGCCCCCCACCUUAUCUGCCCCCAAUCCUCCCUUUCUUUAUAUCUAUCUAUCUAUCUAUCUAUCUAUCUAUCUAUCUAUCUAUCUAUCUAUAUAUAUAUAUAUAUAUAUAUAUAUUUAUGUCUGUCUGUCUAUCUAUCUAUCUAUCUAUCUAUCUAUAUGAGAAUGAGUAAUAAGUAUUAUUAUUAUUAUUGUUAAAGAAUGAAUGGGUUUUAUAAAUGCUUUUGAGAAACGGAUAGCCACAUGUACCACCGUCUCACUUAAUGAGAAUUUCUAGAAUCAUAAAACCAUAAGAGUCACGGUAUGCUGACGGUUCUGUUUAGCGUCCUUAUUGUUUUCAUACAGGAAAGUUUAUAAAGCUUAACUUUUUUU